CCGCGAUCCUCACACGACGCCCGGCCAUCGUGAUCACCAACCUCACUACCACUGUCCACUUGUCUUUUCUCUACCCCGCUCGUGCAUCACCGGUUCCCGCGAUUUAUUUGUUGAUUGUUGACAUCCACUGAUCGAACGGAAACGUUAACGACGACUACUUACUCUGAAUGUUGAUGUUGGAUCACUCGUGUUUUCCUCACUCAUUUUGUUAUCGGUUUCCCAAACGGCUCUCGCGCGUUAUCGUAACAACGUCUCCGUCCGUCGUCCCACCGUAAAUCGCAUCCAUGUAAUCCGACUGUCGACCGAGUUUCCCGGGCAACUGUGCCGUUCGAAGUCACUUGUACAACGAUCUUUGGACGCGUCCGUCCUUUUUACCACACGUGAACCGCUCGUUUUCUUCCGCGAUAUCAUUGUCAACACAAACGAUUACAGGAAAUUUAUUGCACGUUAAAAGUUUACUUGGCCAUAUUUUAUCUCGUGAAACAGGCUCAUUUAAAAUAUUAAUCAAGAUAAAUUAUAUCAAAUUUCAAGUACCAACAAUGGAUAAAUCGGAGAGAAAGAAAUCUGCUGGUUUAAAAGAAACCAAUAGUCUUUUAAACCUUGAAGCACAUUUUCUUGGAUUUGAUAUUGAUGAUGAAGUAUUGAUAGUUAUUGAAAAUAAGAAAAAAUCAUUAAAAAUGGAACUUAGUAAAGAAACUGGUGAACCUAUGGAAGUGGAUGACCCAACCGACAGUCCAUCCAUUGUUAACAAUAAUCAUGUUAAUAAAAAGAAAAAAUCUAAAUCAAGUAUAUCAUCACCAGAGCCCAGUGAUGUUAAGAACAGCCGGAGUAAUAAGAGGCAAAAGAAAGACAACAAAAACAAUGAUGCCUCAGAAUCCUUGGAAUUAGAUGUUACACCUCCUUUAGAACUUACUACUCCAACAUUCAACUUGACCUCUUCUAACACUAGAUCACGCCGUAGUACAGGCAGAAAAAUGAAUGUUGAUAUCAGUGAUGCUGUUUUUAAACUUCCAUUUGAAUUUGGAUGGAAACGAGAAUUAGUAUACCGAACUUCAGGUGAAUCUACUAUUAUUAAUCGAGGAAAUAGAAGUGGUGAUGUAUACUAUUAUUCUCCAAAUAACCGAAAACUUCGAUCAUUACGAGAAAUUCAGGAACAAUUGGAUGCUGAUAGUGAAAAUGUUCUCACUAUAGAUAGUUUUACUUUUUUAAAACAACCAAUUGGCAUGAAUGACCGAUCAAAAGAACUGAUCAGAGAUGCCAAUUCUAAAUUAUCUAAGGAAGAUUCUUUUACUGCUAUUCGACCUAAAAAAUCUAAAACACCUGUACAGCAGCGACCACCAUUUGAUUAUGAAUUAUCAGAUGAUGAAAACAACAAGUCUUCAAGUAAAAUGAAAAUUGUUUUUAAAAGUGGAAAGACUCCAAGAUCUAGAUCUAAAAAAGUGAAUUCAGAAUCAAUGAAUACAUCUUCAUCUACUCCUGAAUACAUAGCUGAAGACUGGCAAGCUAUUCAAUCUAGUGUAUCACCAAAAGUUUUUUCUCCUAAACUUGAGAAUAAUGAUAUAAAUACCACAACCACUAAAAGACGGUCGUCAACAUCAGAUGGGGAAGUUAUCAUGCAGACUCCUUGUGGUAUACGGUGCCCUAAUAGUGAUGAACCUGCCACUCUAAUGUGUGCUCAAUGUCUAGUCUACUAUCAUCCAGCAUGUGUCAAUUUAAAUGCUAAUUUAAAAAUUGUUGGUUAUGUAUGUAUAAACUGUCGAUCUACUGUGCGACAAAGAAAUAGACGUGUACAGUCAUCUCAUACUGUAGUUGUUGGUGCUACUGAACCAGAACAACUACGCGUUGAACCAAUUCGUAUACGACAAGUUCAUCAAGCAUCAGAUACUCCUAAUUUCUUUAUUGAUAGAACACCUAUUUCUAAAAUUGAAGAAUCACACUAUGAAAUUGAUGAAUAUAGUGAUGAAAGUGACUCUGAUAUAAUAAAUACUGUUAUAUGUCAAGGAAAUGAAUACAAAACUACAAUGGUUGAUGGUAAUUUUCAUGAGCAGUAUGUUUAUGAAAUGAAACAAACACGAGGACCUAGUUUGAUGACUUGUGUUAUUCAAGAGCCCAACAAUUUGGAUGAGAAUUCUGAAAUGAAUGGUUCAUUAAGAGAUAUUGCAACACCUUCCACUUCCACUUCCAUGCAAUCAUUCAACUACAUGGCUAAAGCAUUGAGACACGUCUUUAAAUAUCUAAAAACGCAUGAACUUUUAGCAGCUUCUAGAGUAUGUACCGCUUGGCAUAUAAUUGCAAUGAAUAAGUUCUUAUGGCAAAAUGUUCGUCUAAAAAAUUCUAUGGUCCAUGAUUGGGAAAGGUUUGUAGACACUAUUGAACAACAAUUAACUCAUACUUUAGACACUAGACGAAUGUUGAUACCUUCAAAGGUUGAAGAAUUUGAAGAUUUUUGGUUGAAUUUUUCGAAAGCAAUGAAAAGAGCACAAAAGUUGAAAUUGAUUGAAUUGUAUAGAUGUCCUACUCAUGUAGUUGAAGAUAUUAUUUACUCAUUACCUCAACUUGAAGAACUUAAUGCUACUUCAAUUAAAAAUCCAAAUGUAACAAAAGAAACUAAGAACAUUAAUGACUUCAUGGUACUAAACUUAAAUUAUUUAGGCCAAAUGACAAUGCUCACUGAGUUAAGACUAAAAGGUUUAAGUGGAAUAAAAUUAACGGCAUUGCCAUCUUUUGGAAAUUUAGUUAAUUUGAAUAAACUUUCAUUGACUUCUAUUAAAUCAUUUCCAAAAGACAUCUGUCAGAGUUUGGAAACUAUUACUGAUAACCUAGAGUUUUUUGAAAUUGGUGAUUGUGAUUGUUUAUCACCAGAGUUUGCAUCGCCAUUAAAAAGAUUUGUUAAUUUGAAAUCAUUGAGAUUAGAAAACUGUGGUCGAUGGGAAAGUUGUGCACAAGACGUUUUUCCUGUUAUUAGGAGUCUUGAAAAGCUCACUAUUUUGGAAUUGGUAAACAUAGAAUUUAGUAGUGUUGUCGAAGAUGAAUUGGAAAAAUGUGUUGGUAUUAAAGCUUUACUGAUUAUUCCUGCCUAUGUGAGCCAAUCUGCAACUACCAAUUGCCACUUGAUUGACUGUCUCAAAAAACUCUCCAAGAAUUUAACACAUUUGGUUUGGGGAUUGACUCAUGAAUUACUCCGUGUUACAGACUUAUUUAUAACUCAGUAUCAACAGAAUCAGCAUAGUAUUGGUUACAAUUUAGAAUUAUCCCAUGCCAGAGAACAAACCAACAAUAUACCUAUAUUGAGGACGAGAAAACCCAAACAGCGGCCAGAUGUGGUUGCUUCAGAAAAUGAUAAGGAAAAAGACAAAUCAGAUAACGUUGAUAUACUUUCAGUUCCUGCUCUAGAGAAAUUAUUGGAUACAAUGAUGCCUGAUGCUAAAACUAGAGUACUUAAGGUUCCUUUUUCGGGAACAGUUAGAGUUUAUUUGAGUGAACAGUUUAAUGAUCUUUGAAUUAAAUGUGUAAUAUUCAUUUAUUUCUUAAUUCUUUCACAAAAACCCUUUUAUAUUAUGAUUCUAUUUUUGUGAACAUGAGAAAAAAUUUUUUUUUUUUGUAAUUCAAGGUUGAAGAUAUUAACAAUUUAAAUUAUUAAUUUUAAUGUACAUCAUAUUUUUCUGUAUAUGUAUUGUAAAACUGAUCAUUAUGCAUAAAUGUUAUCAUACAUUUAAUAUAUUUAUAAUUGUAAUAAUUUUAUUUCAUUUAUAAUUCAAUUUUUUUUUCAUUUUGUAAAUAAUAUAAAACUUUUAAUUUGAAAAUGUACAUCUUGCUAUUCAUUGUAUAGUAAAUUAAUUUUGAUUCGAUUCUAAAUAAGUUAGAUUCAAGAACAUUUUUAAGAAACAUUUUCUAUAUACUUUUUAUAAAAAACAAUUCACAUAGUAUAUCAUUUUUAAAAUUGAAAUUAAUUGUCCUUAAUUUAAAUAUGAUUUUACUAUAAAAGUUAAUAAACUUUUUUUAUGAAAUAAAUAAUUAAAUUUCAACAACCAACUAUGUGCCUUUCUUUAAAUACAAAAUGAAAACUUUUCAAGCAAUCUGAUAAUUAUAACUUUGAUAACUUUUAUUAAUCAAUACUUGGGUGAAAUUUUAUUUUAAGUUUUCACUGAGUAUUGUUUUUCAUAUAACAUUCUUUAUGAAUUCGCAUGUUGAAGAAAAUAAUUUACUACAUUUACUAUGUAUCAAAAAUUCAAAAUUGUAUGUAAAAAUAUUUUAAGUUUUCUUUAUUAGUAUUAUUCAAAAUCUGUUUAUAACAUAAAUAGUUGUUAGAUUUAGUCAUACAUAGAAAAUGUAUAUAAAAGCUAUUGAUACUUAUUAUCCAAGAAUGUCAAAUAUAACUUUUAUUGUAUGUUUAUAUUAUGGUUGUAUGAGGUAGUUAAAUUCGUUCUAAACAAAGUAUUGUAUUUAUAUGUUAUUAUAUUUGUAACUGUUCUGAUGAAAAAACUAUUUGACUACUUCAUAUAAACUAAUAUAAAUUUAGUUAUAUUACUCUGAUAUAAACAUACAAAUACUUAAUUAUCCAUGUUUUGUAAAUCUGUAGAUAUUAUACUGAGAGUAGUACAAAGGUUCCUAUGACUACAAUUACUUUUGUCAAUAGUCACUCUUCUACGCCACCAUUUGUUUUCUAAUUAUUAAUAACCUUAGCAUUUGAUUAUUUAAUAUUGUAUACUAAUUUUUGAAGUUUUUUUUUUUUUUU